CUGUGGCUUUGCCCAGACAUAGAGCCUCAGACCUCCAAAGAGGACAUCCUUAAGAGGUGCCAAGAAUAUAAGUUAGGGCCAGGCCUGGAGCCACUGGCACUUGGCUGGCCUGCUUGCAUGCACUGCCACCGGUGUUUUAUCUGAGGGGCAGUAGAGGACUAUCCGAGGGGCCAGGAGAGUAGGACAUUAAGGAGCUUCAGUGAGGUUCUAUCUACCUGUCACAGCUGGACUGACCCAAGAACCUACUAGGAGCAAAGGGCGGUCACUCUCCCCUGGGGAAGGCACCCACCGCCCAAGAACAGAGGCUUCUCCCGAAAGAGUCACACAUUGCUACCCAAGAUCUUCUUCCGAAAAAUGUCAUCCUCGGGGGCCAAAGACAAGCCGGAGCUGCAGUUCCCUUUCCUUCAGGAUGAGGACACGGUGGCCACACUGCACGAGUGCAAGACGCUCUUCAUCCUGCGUGGCCUGCCAGGCAGCGGCAAGUCCACGCUGGCUCGGCUCAUCGUGGAUAAGUACCACAACGGUACCAAGAUGGUGUCUGCCGAUGCUUACAAGAUCACACCUGGCACUCGAGCAGACUUCCCCGAGGAAUACAAGCAACUGGACGAGGACCUGGCCGCCUACUGCCGUCGGGACAUCAGGGUUCUUGUGCUUGACGACACCAACCACGAGCGGGAGCGGCUGGAGCAGCUCUUUGAAAUGGCAGACCAGUACCAGUACCAGGUGGUGCUGGUGGAGCCCAAGACAGCGUGGCGACUGGACUGUGCCCAGCUCAAGGAGAAGAACCAGUGGCAGCUGUCGGCCGACGACCUGAAGAAGCUGAAGCCGGGGCUGGAGAAGGACUUCCUGCCACUCUACUUCGGCUGGUUCCUGACCAAAAAGAGUUCUGAGACCCUUCGCAAAGCUGGCCAAGCUUUUCUGGAGGAGCUGGGGAAUCACAAGGCCUUCAAAAAGGAGCUUCGGCACUUUAUCUCUGGGGAUGAGCCCAAGGAGAAGCUUGAGCUGGUCAACUACUUUGGGAAGAGACCCCCGGGCGUGCUGCACUGCACAACCAAAUUCUGUGACUACGGGAAGGCCACUGGGGCAGAAGAAUAUGCCCAGCAGGAUGUGGUGAAGAAAUCUUACAGCAAGGCCUUCAAGUUGUCCAUCUCUACCUUCUUUGUGACACCCAAGACGGCUGGGGCCCAGGUGCUGUUGAGUGACCAGGAGCUGCUGUUGUGGCCAAGUGAUGUGGACAAGCCGACUUCUGCCGAGAGCCUACCCCGGGGGAGCCGUGCUCAUAUUACCCUGGGCUGUGCAGCUGAUGUGCAGCCUGUGCAGACAGGCCUUGACCUCUUAGAUAUUUUGCAGCAGGAAAAGGGGAGCAGCCGAGGCGAAGAGGUGGGUGAGCUCUCCCGGGGCAAGCUGUACUCCUUGGGUAACGGGCGCUGGAUGCUGAGCUUGGCCAAAAAGAUGGAGGUCAAGGCCAUCUUCACGGGCUACUACGGGAAAGGCAAACCUGUGUCCACACAUGGAAGCCGGAAGGGGGGUGCGAUGCAGUCUUGCACCAUCAUCUGAGGGUUACCACUCCCUCUACUCUUUAGAAGGGAGAGGGUGGAAAGGGCAACAUGUCCUCCAGUUGAUUUUUAAGUUUGUUUUUUUUUUUAAAAGUUAACCUACCUGUAACUUUUUCCUGCCUGCCUUCUUCCCCUCUUAACACUCAAGCUUUCAACACAGACAGGUGGGAAGAGGUAGACGCCAUUCAGGAACUUGGACCAGAGCCAAUUAGGCUGCUGAGUCCCUGGGCCUGGAGCUGCACUUGUCCACCUUCAAGAACUGGUUCACCCAGCUUUAGCCUCUGCCACUGUCUGCCCAGAGCUGGGCUAGUGGGAGACACCUCAGAGCUGCAGUCAUCUCGAUAGGGAUGGUGGGACCACUGCCACAGAAAACCAAAGGUAGCUUUGAGAGGGGGAACCUCCCUGGGCAUCAGUCCCAUUUUGUAAUCACCAUAGCCUCGGGCUACUUACCAGGGUGUAAAAGGGGUUUACCUCCCAACUUUUGGUCCUAAGUCCCCAGUGCUCCCUUCCCACUGUAAACUGGGUUAAUAGUGUGAUCCCUAGGGAACAAAACAGAAUAACCAGCAGCUAUACCUCAGGCUGCCUACUGGCUGGCCGUCCUUCUCAGCAGCGUGGGUCUGCUGCAUGGACAGAGACAUGGCCUGAGAAGCUCCAGUUUUGCUGUCUGCCCAGCCCACGGUGCCUCUAGGCUUCCUCCGAAGGAAGGUGGUGGGUACCAAGAGCCAGUGGAAAGGACCAUGAGCUGGCAAGAGCGAGCCCUACCUGCUGUUCUGAGGGAGUCUGAACCUGCUCCAUGUGCUAUGGUUCCUGGGGUACCUUCCACUGCCCUCUGCUCAGUAACGGGACCUUGCUAAUUGGGUUGUUAUUCAUGUUUUGGGGUUUAUGUUCCUAUCCUGGUUUUCUCCAACCUCAGCAACUUGUAAGACUGAUACUGAAAUAAAUCAUGUUAAUCCUA